AGGAAGAGGGCGGGCUUCACUCAGCCUCUCUACCAACAAACCUCAACAGUUGAUCACAGAGCACCGAGCAGGACCAUGAAGGAGACGUCUCUACAUCUGCUCUUUGUGAGCUCACUGCUGAUCUGCUCAACAAACCAAGCUCGUCUGACUGUGAGUCCCAGCAGAUCACAGAUGUUUGAAGGAGACUCUGUCUCUCUGAGCUGUGAGGAGGACGACAGCUCUGCUGGAUGGAGGCUGUGGAGGACGACAACCAAACAAACCAGAGCUGAGUGUAAAGAAUGGGGAGAAUCAUCUGGUUCUUCUUGUAUCAUCAGCUUCAUCUUCCCAGUGGACAGUGGAGUUUACUGGUGUGAGUCCAGAGAGGGAGCAACCAGUAACAUCAUCAACAUCACUGUCACUGGUGGAUCAGUGAUCCUGCAGAGUCCUGUCCUCCCUGUGAUGGAGGGACAUGAUGUCACUCUGCACUGUAAAACAAAGACCACUCCCUCCAACCUCCCAGCUGCUUUCUAUAAAGAUGGCUCCCUCAUCAGGACUGAGCCUACAGGUCACAUGACCAUCCACCAUGUUACCAAGUCUGAUGAAGGCCUCUACAAGUGUAACAUCAGCAGUGAUGGAGAGUCUCCACCCAGCUGGAUCACUGUCACAGAGAAACCCACCACACCUGGACCUACACCCACCCCCACCUCCUGUUCCUCCUCUUCCCCUUCUUCUAGUUCCACUGACACCACCUCUCCUCCUCCUCCUUUCCCUCUGAUGGAGGUUGUUGUCUCUGUCUGUGGUCUGGUUGUUCUGGUGUUACUGGUUCUUCUGGUGACUCUGUGUGUCCGGAGGAAAUCUAAAGCUGAUGCAGAGAGAGUUGGAGAAAAUGACGUCAAAACAUCACGUCAGCCAAUCAGACAGAGCAGAGAGUGUUAUUCAGUUGCAGUUUACUCAGGAGUGAGAAGAAGAGGAGGCGAUUCAUCAUCAGAGUGACUCAUUGACAGGACGAGCUGCCACAGCUUCCUGAAGCAGCAGAGAAUGGAUGGAUGAAGGAUGAGGCUGGUUUUAUUCUGGUUUUUUCCCCUGUUAACAGACUCCAUGUAAAGACCCAAACCAACAGUGUGUUAGUCUGUAAUACUCUGAGCUGGUCACUGUAACUUUGAACAAACAAACAGGAGGAAAUGAUGCAGUAUAAAGUCCUGCUCUUAUAACCAGUACACAAACAUUACAUCAGUGCUUCCUAACACAUUCUAAGUUAGCUGUGGAGCUGCUGUUAAUAAGGUCAUUUUCAGUUUGUAUUGAUGUAAAGUCCUGGUCAACAA